CGCGCAUGGGUGGCUCCCCGGGCCGCAGCGCCCGCGCCACGCUCCGCCCUGGACGCCGCUCUCCCCGCGCGGGGUGCGGCGGGGGCGGGAGGCGGCGGCCCGGCUCGGCCUGAUUUACGGCGCUGCUGAAAACCGCUCGGCUCCGCAGCUUAGGCAACCGCGGCAGCAGCUGCGAGACAGCAACAAGUCGGGACUGUAGAGUAAUGCAACAGAAGGCUUUUGAGGAAAGCAGAUACCCCUGGCAGCGGUCCUCUGAAAAUGUUGCUGUGUGUCUGCCCUUCCGCUGCCCGAGGUGUGGAGACCAUACCAGAUUUAGAAGCUUGUCAUCCUUGAGGGCCCAUCUGGAGUUCAGUCACAGCUACGAAGAAAGAACCCUGCUGACAAAAUGCAGCCUCUUUCCAUCCCUCAAAGACGCAGAUGUCGUCCCUUCCGCAGGACUUCUCAAACAGGGAAAGCUGCAGGGCCGCGGCCGUGUGGCCAAGCAGAAGCCCAGUUAUGUUAACUUGUACAGCGUUUCUCAUGAACACUACAAGGACCAGAAGCCACUGGAGGUGGUGGCAGAGAGGCCUGUGUCCUAUGUGCAGACCUACACGGCUGUGGACAUCCGUGCAGACCCGCUGGAUGGGCCGCGGUCCAGCCCAGGGCUUCCCACCUCCGACACCAAAGCCGCUUUCGAGGCACACGUCAGAGAAAAAUUCAAUCAGAUGGUUGAAGCUGUGGAUAGGACCAUUGAGAAGAGAAUCGAUAAACUCACCAAAGAGCUGGCCCAGAAAACCGCGGAACUGUUGGAAGUUCGGGCGGCUUUUGUGCAGCUGACUCAGAAAAAGCAGGAAGUUCAGAGACGAGAGCGGGCGCUGAACAGACAGGUGGACGUGGCCGUGGAGAUGAUCGCCGCGCUGAGGCAACGCCUGACCGAGUCCGAGGAGGAGCUGCUGAGGAAGGAAGAAGAAGUUGUUACCUUCAACCAUUUCCUGGAAGCAGCGGCUGAGAAGGAGGUGCAAGGUAAAGCUCGGCUCCAGGACUUCAUUGAGAAUCUGCUGCAACGGGUAGAACUGGCGGAAAAGCAGCUCGAGUACUAUCAGAGCCAGCAGGCCUCUGGCUUCAGCCAGGAGGUCAGCGAGCACGUGCUGACAGAUAUCUCCUCUAAUAGGAAACCCAAAUGCCUGAGCCGAGGGCAUCCACAUUCUGCGCAUAGCCACCCUGAGCUCAAGGCCCAUUUCCACCCCAAGGGAAGGAGCUACCUGAAGAAAGCCAAGGAUGACAGAGCCUGCAUGCCGCCGGCCAAGUCUGCACAUGAGCAGGCCGAGUCCUCACGGGACCUCUGCAGAGCACCCAAGAAGGGGGAGCUCCUGGGGCUGAGCCGGAAGGGCAACAUCAGGCCCAAGAUGGCCAAGAAAAAGCCAACUGCAAUUGUGCACAUCAUCUGAAAGGAUAGAUGGACCUGGACUCCCCCAGUUGUUCCAGGGCUGGGAAUGCUAUCCUUUUGGAUGCUUUUGGCAGGAAGAUGUAUUGGGAAAACAGAAGGCAUCAUACACUCAAGGGUCUUGGUUAACCAGAAUGUAAAAAGGGAAUCUCAGUACACCAGAAGCUUAUUGUCACCCUGCUUCCCUUUGAAAGCAAGAGGCAGAUUGCAGAAACAAUUUUUAAAAAUUGAAGCAAUUGAACCCAAAAGCUUUAGUAAAACAUACUUCAACCUCGAAAGUUCUUGGUCUGGUCUAUACUCCGCCUGGCUUCUGGGCAUCUGUGCUGUGGUCAGCACCGCUCAUGGCCUGGGACACGGGCCAUCAGACCCUGGGAGAAAUGUCUGCCCGCCGCUAAGUUGUAAGGCGGGCAACGGAUGCAGAAGGGGCUAGUACAAGAAGUGAAAUAAAAAUAUUUUUGUUGGCAUUUAGCUUUUCCCUCAGUUAAUUUGAAGGCCUUUGAAAUGAGAAUUCCUUUCCCCUCAGUGUUCUGGUUAAUCAAGAUUUUAAUGGUUGAGGUGCCAGUGGGACUUGUUCAGUCAGAAUUUGGUUUCCAUUCUGGAAGAUUGCUUUUCAGUUCAUUUGUUUGAUUCAGGAUUUUCUGUGUCCUUAAAUGCACAUUUAUGCAGAUUUUGAUAGACUCUGCUAUCUUCAGAGGUUAGGUAUUCUGCACCUUCCAGCAGUGGAUCAUGAAGCCCUUUGAUGGGCCCGUGGCGUUGUUGCUGUGUCUAGUGCUCAGGGUAGAUGGCGCUCUUAGGGCUCUGCUACCAUCCGGAGGUGCUGUAGACAGCACCUGCCCUCUCCUAAGACCUGCUUUCCUGAUAAUGUUAACAGCUUGCUCCUUGAAUCGUGGGCAUGGCUCUUCUUCACUAGCAUAACGUCAUAUCCUGCUGCUUCUGUGUCCUUUAAUGAGUGAACCUACUUUCUGACCUUUCAACCAACUAUCAGGUGUGGUCACUGCACAGCGCAUUCUGAAAUGAUUUCAGAAACAAUGGUGCAUGUAGGGCUCACAGUCCGACGGCCCUCCCUGAAAUGCCUUUUGUUUCUAUGAAGAAAUAUCUUUUAACAAUCUCCCACUUCAAAAUUUUCUUCUAGAUUGAAUUCUCAUGUAUUUUUCAUUACAUUUAGCAAUAUUAUCAGGUCUCUUGCAGAGUUUACAAGUGCUGACACCCCUCUAGAGACAAGAUAAUUUUGUCCACAAAUAUAUAUAUAUAUAUAUAUACACACAUAAUAUACAUAUAUAUAAUGCAUACAAAUAUAUAAGUCAAGUAUAUUAAUAAUUUAUUUUUAAAUACUCAUGGAGAAAGUGUAUUUGUGGCGGGUGCUCUUAAAACUACAUUAAGCUUAGUGGUUUUUUUGGCAGCACAUAUACUAAAAUUAAACUAUGUAAGUUUAUUCAUGUAAAUCGAAUUCUCUAUUUUAAAAAUUUGUAACCUAAUUAACGUUAGUUGAAUUACUGUUAUUGACAUAAGCAUCAUAUUAAGAGUACAUUAAAAUAGGCAACAAAGCAGUUACUUAAAAUGCCAGUAAACUGAAAAGUGUAACUUACCAUUUUUCAAACAUUUUAACUUACUUAGCAGAAAUGUUGAGUUUUGAAUGCUCACUUCGACCUUUGGCUUGUGGGAGGGGUGCUCCUGUGGCGUGCAGGCUGCUACCGCGUGGGUAAAAGCACUGCUGUGAAUAUCAUGUUGCUGUUUAGGCUAAUGUUGUAAAAAUUGUAAUGUUUAUUUAUUUGGAAAAUUAAUCUCCUCCAAAGGUAAUUUAUUGUUAUUGAUGCUUAUACCCUUAUUGCAUUUUUUCCUUUUUCAUACUAAAAAAUAAUGACUUACUUGGCUAUUUGCAUGCUCUUUGUCCCGCAGUGUGUGUGCAGAUGACAACUUGUUUUUAAAGAUGGCACAGCUAGAUUUUCUUUUCUGUUUUAUUUAGAGUAACUUGCAGUUUUGGUGUUCCUUUAACACGCCUAGAGGGUGUGGCAGCCCUCUCUGACGGGGUACCCAGUGAUCUUCAGAAAGCUCCAUAAUGUCAUAACUUCUCUGUAUACAUUACACAAGACAAAUAGCCUUCAAAUUUACUUAUGAAACGUUUUCUUUUGAAGUUCUGGUUAAUCUCUUAGCCCCGUACAAAGCAAUAUCUUAAGUACAUUGCGCUUCCUUCAAGACACAAACGUACUGUCCAAAAUGGAAGCUGACAGGCCUGGAGAGAGAAGUCCCCUCUGCACCACGGCCGGGACGUGCCAGGUCCUACACAGGUCCUGUUGUGAAGUAUUCUCCUCGUCCACGUGGGCAGUCAGCCUUGGAGGUGAGGCUGUUGCUAUUUUAAAGAAAUCGCCAAAGUUUAUGGGAAAACAUGUUUGACGCUAAACUGAAACAUAGAUCAAAUUUUAUUACUUGUUUUGUAAGGAAGAAAUCUUCGUUUGGAUGGUUCUUUUUCCUUUCUUCUCAAACUAAAUAACAGUUUUUAUCUAAAAGUUCAGAUUGCUUAGACACUGUUUUCCAGUAUUCUGCAGGGUCAGUUACUUGUAUAGAAGUUGAAAUAUUCUCUUCCCAAGAUUAAAAAAGUUUUUAGAUUAACGAGAUACUGUUAAUAAAGCUAUAUUUCU